GCUUCGUCCUGGCGUUCGUGGAAGGCGUCGCGACGCCUCGCGGCGUGCGCCGCGCCGAGCCGGGCGGCAACGACGUCGCGUCGCCCGGAAUCGCGUGCGGCGUAGCCAGGCAACCCGCAUAAUAUGACCAGCGGUAAUAGUGCGAAGCGAUACGGUUGUCGGGACGGAUCGGGCGAAUUCGAAUGAUUUUUUUCGGCCGGUGCGGAUCGAGGAUCUCCGAUCGCGUCUCGCGGGUCCGCGGCCGAUUUCGUGUCCCAGCUCCGGUCGGGUGAACGCGCGCGAAGCCUGUUCGAGCAACUCCGAGGGAAAAAUUCCGGCGAAUCGUGGAAACGAUUCCGCGAUCGGCCAUGCUCGAUGAUCGAGCCCGUGGGAAAUGAUCGAGCCGGGAAAAUGGCACGGGAUCUCGGGAUAGUCUGUGCUCCGAGCGCGGUUUCCGCGCGGAUCCUCGUCGUUGCGCAGUGCUCGAAACCGGUGGACCGAAACGGUUCCUCAGUGCGGAAUCAGCUGGCCGUGCCAAACGAUCGAUUCGCCAUUGAUCGCCGCGAUUAGAUCAAUGCGUCCGGAGCAACGGGCCUCGAAAGUGAUCCGUGGAAAACGCACGAAUUCGCUCCGAAAGCGAAUGAAACGAUCUCUGAAGUAGCACACACGCACACACGGUGAUCGAAGUAUAUCGAUUAGCCUUCGCGUGGUUUUUGGCAGAGGGAUGCGAAAGAGACGAGCGUUUCGGCCGAGCGUACCCAGGAGGAUUGAAUGUCGAAUAGUUCGAUGCAAUUCGCCGGGGAUGCAUCGUCUUUAGCGUCGCUAUAAGAACACGAUGUCACGGUUCACGCAACGUUUGGAAAUGUCCCGGGACGCGAAUCCACGGACAAAAAGGAUGACCUAUGGGAGGCAUAUGACGGUGUUGACGGCGACGGAACUCGGUAUGCACAAACGGAACGGCACGGGUGCCAACGAGGAGGUGGUGAUCUUGCCGGGAUACAACGUCACCACGUCGUCGAGCGGCACGGCCAGCAAGACGAGCCAUUUCGAGACGGAUCUCCAUGGAAAUGUCAACGUUCUUCUGGGCGGAGCGAUGCUAAGCGCCGUGAUUAUAGUCGUCGCAUUGAUGUGCUAUUGCUGUCAUAAGAGCAUCAGAAAGAACCGGCCGCAGGAAUGCCAGCAAUACUGGAGGCCGGAGCCGGACGUGCACAGCCUGGAAGUAUUCACCACGGAAGCACACGCCGCGUGCUGCGAGCGACAAUCAGCCAUAGACGGAAACCAAGAGGACAGCGUGUACGGUCUCCAAUCGUGCCCUGUGACCCCGGGCUCUGGUCCAGGACCGCCGCCAACCUACGACAGCUUGAUCUUCGAUCAUCGCAGCCUGCCGGCCAGCAUCGAGAAGAAGUUCGACGGUCCGGAUACACCUGGCACCAUCAUUCCAGCCAUGGUGUCGACGCUUCUCGGGCUAUCGGCUACACCCGUGAGAUCCCCGGAACAAAACGAGUCCACGGAACAAGAAACCCUCGGCGUCGACGAGGGUCUGCCUUCUUACGAGACCGCGUUGAAACUGAACGCGAACGGCUAUGUGUAACCUUUGCUCGAUUAUGGCCGUUACGGUUUCAACAAGGGCGCGUUCAUGUCGGAAGCUUGCGAUUAGAUCGAAUACAGUGGGGGACAAAUAUACCGUGGACACCUUUUGGAACAGUGUCGCCUUUUUAGAACUGGACUAAACGACUUGAAUUCUUCUUUUUUUUAGGAGAUAGAAGGACUGUUAGUCUGUUAGGCAAUGACUAGGGUGCUUUCUUAAAUAUUGCUGUUACUUGGAACGACGAAAGAGAAUGAGAACAUUCUCGUUUCUUAACUUUUUUAUGCGAACCUAUAAAGGAAAUUAAGGAAAUUAUUGAUACUGAUAAUUUCAUCGAAAUCGAUUGACGUUGUUGUGUGGAAUUACGAAUAAUUGAAGAUCGCGAAAAUCGCAGAUUUUCGACGCCCCGAUUUUCUGGCACUUUCCGAUCGAAAGUGCGUUCGAAAUCUGCAAUUAGAUAUCUUCCAAGUAUACUGUAAGUAAGUAUAGUGAGUAUAGUAUUAAGCAUAAGAGUUAUGAGCGAUUCUUCUGCGGAAGCAUUUAUGUAUUUGUAAGUUUGGAAAAACCUUAAACGACUGAAACUGUACUGUAUUAUCGCACAGCUCCACCAUGAACAUUCCGAAGAUAUUUUCCAGCAGCUUUCCAUCGACGCUUCGAUCGACACGACGCUUUUCUAGCUUCUAUUAUCACAGCUCGAACCUAAACGUAGCCUAGUUGCGCGACCGAAGAAUUUUACAAUUUGGGAAACCGUUUACCAGCGUUGAUCCUGUUUGCUGGUUUCUUAAGCUGAAGCGAACGGGAACGAAGGAAAUCGAUUAAGUUACAGUUAAUCGGUUGCUCUCGACGAGAAUGGGAACAGGGACGCAAAACGAUUUUUUAUGAUUUCGAUACCGGCAUUUCUUCAAGUUUCUAGCUUGUAAACACGGUCAAUCGAAGCGCAAAUUCACGUUUCUUUGAAAAUCAGUUACGCAGUGCAAACGCAUCUUUAUCGUAGAUUUUAUCGGUCUAUAAAUCGACGUAGUCGAUAAACUAUGACAAAAUGAACAAUACACAGCAGCACUGAUAUCGAUCGCGGAAUAACUAAAAAAAGAAAAAUACAAAUAAAAGAGAUUAAAUAAAAUAGUGUUAAGAUUAA